UCUCCGGCUCGACGGGACGCAGCCGUGAGAAGGUGGGGCGCAGGCGCAGUCCCGGGGUUUCCUUGGCCGCCCACCCUGAGCGGAGCGGUGGAGUUGGCGAUAAACAGGCUGUGGCCGGGGAGGCGGGGGAGGGGGGCGCCGGCUUCCAGGAGGGCUCCUGCCGCCUGCUGUCCCCCUUUGCGGGUGUUUGAGCGGGGCCGCGGGGCCGCCGCCUCGGGAGAGAAGGGAGCUUGGGCGGGGAGCAGUUAGGUUGCUAGGAGGGUGGACGACGGGAGCUCUCCCCCAUGCCGGGCCGGUGGUGCGGCCCUGAGCCGGUCCCGCAGCCCGAACGACGCCCGUGAGAAGCCCGCGCGGAACGCGGGUUCCGUGGAGAGACGUGGGGAGGAUUCGAUUCCGAGAAAAGGAAGAGCCGACUCGAGAGGGAGCGAGGCCGCUGUCGGGGAGGGGGCUGCCAAGAUGGCGUCCGCCUCCUCUGGGCCAGCGGCGGCCGGGUUUUCACCCCUGGAGCCCGGGGUCCCUGCCGGUACCUCAGCAGCAGCAUCUGGAAUCAGGAGACCCACAGGAUCUGAGGUACCAUUUGCCUCUGUCAUGCCUGUCAAGAAAAUAGGCCACCGAGGUGUUGAUUCCUCUGGAGAGACUACAUAUAAAAAGACAACUUCAUCAGCCUUGAAAGGUGCCAUCCAGUUAGGCAUUACCCACACUGUGGGCAGCCUGAGUACCAAGCCUGAGCGAGAUGUCCUCAUGCAAGACUUCUACGUGGUGGAGAGUAUCUUCUUUCCCAGUGAAGGGAGCAACCUGACACCAGCUCAUCAUUACAAUGACUUUCGUUUCAAGACUUAUGCACCUGUUGCCUUCCGCUACUUUAGAGAGCUAUUUGGCAUCCGACCUGAUGAUUACUUGUACUCCCUUUGCAGUGAACCAUUGAUUGAACUCUCCAACUCUGGAGCUAGUGGUUCCCUCUUCUAUGUGUCCAGUGAUGAUGAGUUCAUCAUUAAGACAGUCCAGCAUAAAGAAGCAGAAUUUCUGCAGAAGUUACUUCCGGGAUACUACAUGAAUCUUAACCAAAACCCUCGAACUUUGCUGCCUAAAUUCUAUGGACUGUACUGUGUGCAAGCAGGCGGCAAGAACAUACGAAUUGUGGUGAUGAACAACCUCUUGCCUCGGUCAGUCAAAAUGCACAUGAAAUAUGAUCUGAAGGGCUCAACUUACAAACGGCGAGCUUCUCAGAAGGAACGAGAGAAGCUGCUCCCCACCUUUAAAGACCUGGACUUCCUGCAAGAUAUCCCGGAUGGUCUGUUUUUAGAUGCUGACAUGUACAGUGCUCUGUGUAAGACUCUGCAGCGCGACUGUUUGGUGCUACAGAGCUUCAAGAUAAUGGACUAUAGCCUCCUGAUGUCAAUCCACAACAUGGAUCAUGCACAGCGAGAGCCCGUGAACAAUGAAGCACAGUACUCAGUUGACACCCGCAGACCAGCCCCCCAGAAGGCGCUCUAUUCCACAGCUAUGGAAUCCAUUCAGGGCGAGGCUCGGCGGGGUGGCACUGUGGAGACUGAGGACCACAUGGGUGGCAUCCCUGCCCGGAAUAACAAAGGGGAAAGGCUCCUGCUUUAUAUUGGCAUCAUUGAUAUUCUGCAGUCUUACAGGUUUGUGAAGAAGUUGGAGCACUCUUGGAAAGCACUGGUACACGAUGGGGACACAGUGUCAGUGCAUCGGCCAGGCUUCUAUGCUGAGCGGUUCCAGCGCUUCAUGUGCAACACAGUGUUCAAGAAGAUUCCCUUGAAGCCUUCUCCUUCCAAAAAGUUUCGGCCUGGCUCGUCUUUCUCUCGGCGAUCAGGCCCCAGCGGCAACUCGUGCAUUACUUACCAGCCAUCGGUCUCUGGGGAACACAGAGCACAAGUGACAACCAAGGCGGAAGUGGAGCCAGAUGUGCACCUUGGGCGUCCUGAUGUCUUACCUCAGACUCCACCUUUGGAGGAGAUCAGUGAGGGCUCACCUGUUCCUGGCCCCAGUUUCUCACCUGCAGUUGGAGAACCUUUGCAGAUACUAAAUUUGAGUUCCACCUUGGAAAAGCUUGAAGUUGCAGAGUCCGAGUUCACCCAUUGAGCAGUGAGCCUCAGAAGACCUGAGACAAGACUCUACUGUCGCUUUGAUCCCAAGAUGUCAGCCCUUGCCCCGGGAAUGCUGAGUCUUCUUCUUGGUCAUCAGGAGAGGAGAGAAGCGUGGAGCUAGCAGAGCUCUCUAACCCGUCUCCCCUUGGCCGGGCACCAGUGCCUUCGACAGUUGAGGACAGCAGCGUCCCCACCACUCCAGAUGGGUGGCAUGAAUCUUUCCUGGGUCAGUCAUGGCUUCUGUGACUGAAUAUUUUCAAACCCCAUUCUUCGUGCAGAUGUGGGGCUGCUGGACAAGGUGAUUUUCUUCUCUUCACCUUUUACCUGGAGCUGGACUCUUAACUUCCUCAGGACAGACUGGCUGGACAUCGUUCCCACAUUCGCUCUUCCCUCUGGUCUUUGAGAAGACCCCAGUGAUUUUUAUUAUAAAGGUUUUCUGGGGGAGAUUAAGGAUGAUCCUACUCCCAGCCUUCUUUCUUCCUUAAAAAAGGAAAAGAACAAACAGCACACGACCUAGAAGCUCUAGAGGGUUAGGAAGUGCCCUAGUGUUUGUGCAGCAGAAAGACUGUGACGUUCCUGCCGGCAGCUGCUCUCUCCCUACUCGGGGCUGAGGGGGUGGAGAGGGCAUGGCCACCUGUACCCUUUGAGAAGACAGGGCAGCCAUGCCAGGAGAGUAGACCUUCUUAGCAGGAUUCUACUCACUGCCAGGUCACACAGUUACUAUUUUGCAAUUUGGAAUGUAUUCUAAUAGUUUUUCUAAAUAUAAAGAAUUAUCAAAUGAUUUUAGACCAUUCUCCAAAGGAGAUUCCUUUGUUCUUCCCUUAUUUUCCAACAGUAUUCUGCUCUUUGUGGAGCUAUGGUGGAGGGAGACAUUUGUGUCUGUUUAACAGGCAGUCGUAUCUAUGAGGCUAGAGAAUAUUUUCUUAAACUUCGGGGGAGCUGCAGACUUCCCUCAGUAGGGUGAUUGCCGUGCCCCCUGGCCUGCCCCCUGCUCUGUGUAGAGAAGCUGGAAGUGGGGUCUCGUGAGGCCUCUCCUCCUCUCAGGGUUGUGGUCCGUCUGGUCCUGGCCCGUACAGGGGCAGUACAUGGUGUUUCAGGCAGGCUGUUGAAAUCUCCUGUUGUUACUUCUCCAACCCAUCCCACCUUGAUAGCGAGUUAGCCUGUCCCCGUAACUGUCUAUAUUAGACGUCCCCGCCAGGUUCUGGCUGCCUGUCUUUGCUGCCAUGUUCUUUUUUACAAGAAGGAAAGAAACAAUUCUUGCUAUUUUUUUCAUAAUUUACUAUUUAUGAUGUAUUUAAGUGUUUUAUUCAGGACAGAGUUCUGUAAGGGGUGGGAGGGAAUAUCUGAGGGUGGGCUGGGACUUAGGGAGUGGACCUGGGGAGUCAACAUUUUUAUGGAGUGUUACUAUUUGUCUCUACUUUGUAUUGUUGAAAAAUGACAAAUGCAAUAUAAAAGAAAUAAAUACCUGGUUUUAAUGUA